AUGGUUCUCCUACCAGCUUGCAACCUCCUCCGCGGCAAGACGGCCAUCGUCACGGGCGGCGUCACGGGCAUCGGGCGCGCCAUCACGCUCGCCUACCUGCGGCAGGGCGCCAACGUGGUCGUCGGCCAUCUGGGGCUCAAGAGCGAUGAGGGGCAUAAAGAUAGUUUGGUGGAAGAGGCGGGGAGAUUGAAGGAGCAGCAGGUUUCUGGUAAUGCUACUGUUGGCGAAAUGGUCACGCUGGCGGGGGACGUUGCAGAGCCGGAGACGGGAGAGAGGUUAGUCAAGAAGGCGGUGGAGAGGUGGGGUGGGCUGGAUGUUUGCGUUGCGAAUGCGGGUGUGUUCAAGCCGAGGGGGUUUUUGGAGAUCGACCAGGACCUCUACCAGCAGUCGAUGCGCGUCAACGUCGACGGCACCUUCCACACGUGCCAGGCGGCGGCGCGGCAGAUGGUGGCGCAGGGCCGCGGCGGCAGCAUCAUCGCAACGUCGUCGGUCAGCGCGUUGGUUGGUGGCGGCAUGCAGGUGCACUACACGCCGACCAAGGCCGCCGUGCUGUCGAUGAUGCAGAGCAUGGCCAUCGCGCUAGGAAAACACAAGAUCCGCUGCAACGCGUUGUUGCCGGGCACCAUCGACACGCAGCUGGCCGACCACGACAUGAAGAACCCCGAGAAGAAGGCGUACUUGGAGAAGCGCGUGCCGCUGGGCAGGAGCGCCGAGCUCGCCGAGCCCGCACCCGCAAGCCGCGUGGCCGAGUCUCCUCCAGAAGCGCCGCCUGAAGACAGUUGUUAUGACAUUACCAUUCCUGAAAUCUCCCAGCACGAUCUAGAUGAAGCGAGCAACUUUCAAGCUGUUGCUACUAGUGGCGAAUCGCCUGGCAGCUCGGUCGGUUCUCGACCCGCUGUUAGCACCGCUACCGCUGGCUGGUUCGGCUUGCUGCUCGAUGAUGCUGCCCUUGACUUGGAGAGCAGCGCCGCUUCUCUCCUAGACCCUGAGCUGCUGCUCGGUCAUGACCCGGAUUCUAUUUCACAGCACCUGCCACUCCUCUCUCCCUCUCAGCAAAACACCAUUACCGAGCACAGCCUGUGGCAAUGCUCUGAGCGGAUUCAGCUCUCGGCUAACGAGUGCCUGCUCUUUGAAAACUUUGUUCGGCGACUUGGUCGGUGGCUUGACCUGUUCGAUCAGGAAGAUCAUUUCUCCACCCUCGUGCCUCGGCUUGCCAUGUAUAAUACUGGCCUCAUGAAUGCCAUCCUGGCUCUGUCUGUCCGACACAUUUCCUUAAAUCCACACGUCGCGCCGGAUAUAUGCCAUGAAAGAGCAGAUGCGCUCAAGUAUUACUACGAAACGCUCCAUUACUUGCACAAAGCAAUGCAGUUCGACAGCUUCAAAACUAGUCUGGAGCUGCUAGCAACCUCACUCAUCGUCUCUACCUACGAGAUGCUCGACGGCUCACGUCGAGACUGGGAACGCCACUUGAAGGGCGUUUUCUGGAUCCAACGCUCCCAGAACAUUCACGGAGACUCCGGAGGCCUGAAGCAAGCCAACUGGUGGGCUUGGCUAUGCCAGGACGUCUGGGCUGCCUUUCGAGAGAAGCGCAAGGUAUUCAGCUUCUGGAAGCACCCCAGGACCUUCGACCAGCUCAACGAACAUGAGCUCGCUUGCCGUGCCGUCUUCAUCUUCGCCAAGGCUGUCAACUAUUGUUCUAAAGAAGAGACGGAGGCGGACAAGGAUUCCAUUCAGGGGAGGAUCGCGAGAGCGGACGCGUUGACGAGGAUGUUGGACGAGUGGCAGGGCUUGCUUACCGUUAAAUUCUCUCCGUUGCCCAUCGCGAGUGGUUCUGAGUCUGAGCUGUGGCUGUGCAACUGA